CGUCUCAGGGAUCGCGAGACCGAGCCGGCCUCUCGCGAGACCUGACCUCGGCCGCGACGGGCGGGUGUUCUUUCCGGGCGCCAUGGGAGGGCUCUGGCGUCCAGGAUGGAGGCGCGUCGCGUUUUGCGGCUGGCGCCGGAGCCACCCCGGGCCCGCGACGAGCGUCGCGGAGAGGCUAGAGCCGCAUCUGAGGCAGGGGGGGAGCGGGCCAGGUGGCGCUGAGAGCGGGCCGAGGCGGCUCGGGACAUGGGGGCGCCCGAGCGUGGCCCGGGACCUGGCCGUGCAGGCGCCCCGGCGGCCGAAGAGCACAAACCCGUUCACGCGCGCGCAGGAGGAGGAGUGGCGGCGGCGGAACAAGACCGUCCUCACGUACGUGGCCGCGGCCGCCGUGGGCAUGCUGGGGGCGUCCUAUGCCGCGGUGCCCCUUUAUCGACUCUACUGCCAGACUACUGGACUGGGAGGAUCAGUAGCGGCAGGUCAUGCAUCAGACCAGAUUGAAAACAUGGUGCCUGUUAAGGAUCGCAUCAUUAAAGUGACCUUUAAUGCAGACGUGCACGCAAGUCUCCAGUGGAACUUCAGACCUCAGCAAACAGAAAUAUAUGUAGUGCCAGGAGAGACAGCAUUGGCAUUUUAUAAAGCGAAGAAUCCUACCGACAAACCAGUAAUCGGAAUUUCGACAUACAAUGUUGUACCAUUUGAAGCUGGACAGUAUUUCAAUAAAAUACAGUGCUUCUGUUUUGAAGAACAAAGGCUUAAUGCACACGAGGAAGUAGAUAUGCCAGUGUUUUUCUACAUUGAUCCUGAAUUUGCUGAAGAUCCAAGAAUGGUGAAUGUUGAUCUCAUUACCCUUUCUUAUACUUUUUUUGAAGCAAAGGAGGGGCACACGUUGCCAGUUCCAGGUUAUAAUUGAAGUCAGCAACUAGGGUCUCCUUCAAAUUGGUGAUUUUUGAAAAAUCAUGUAUCUUGUCUUCUCAGAAGAGAAAUAUUCUACAAUAAUAUCUUCCAUUCUAUUUUAAAUAUGAUGUACUUAUGUUUUUUUCCCCCAACUAAUUUACCCUACUUAAAAUUCAGAGAACAGGUUCAGGUUUUUAUCAUAAGGAAUCCACAUGCCUAUUUAGAAUAUAUGACUGACUGUUCAAACCAUACUUAGAACUUGUUAGGUAGUAUUAAAAGAAAUUGCUUUGUUUCAUAUAUAUAUAUAUAUAUAUAUAUAUAUAUAUAUAUAUAUAUAUAUAU